AUGCCUGAGGUCUCUGAUUUGAUUCCUGGUGGGCUCAAAAGUAGUGAAGAAGUUGAGUACAGCCGAAGGCGAAAUGCAAUUUUGCCCCGUCUUGAGGCACAAAUGAUCCCAGAGAUCAACCACAUUUUGUGUGAGUCCCAAUGCCUCAACCGCAAAAAUCUUUGCUACUCCAAUUUCUUCUCGUCGCUCCAAAAUGGUAAGUACCAGACUUAG